CCCUCCCUGUCCCUUGUCCUUUCGUGCCCCAACCACAACCUGGAGGCCACACUCCAGCACGGGCCUCCGCUGGGACGGUGCACCGGGAGUCCUGGCCAGAGAUCUGCCCUGCGUGGCCUCCUCCUACAGCCCCUCUCCGGGCCCACCUCUCGGCUGCGCUGAUUGGCUGCUCCUGCCCCGCCCUGAACAGGCAGGGUCCACUGACCCGCGGAAAGUUUUCCGUGCCGGGAGGAAGCUGGACAUUUGGAGACUCCGAGAAAGCAGCAGCUCCGGAGGCUGCGGGGGUCUGGGCGGCCAUGGAGGAGCCCCCUUUGCGAGAGGAGGAAGAGGAGGAGGGGGACGAGGCUGGGCCCGAGGGGGCCCUGGGCAAGAGCCCCUUCCAGCUGACCGCCGAGGACGUAUAUGACAUCUCCUACGUGAUGGGCCGCGAGCUGAUGGCCCUGGGCAGCGACCCCCGGGUGACACAGCUGCAGUUCAAGAUCGUCCGCGUCCUGGAGAUGCUGGAGGCGCUGGUCAAUGAGGGCAGCCUGACGGUGGAGGAGCUAAGAAUGGAGCGGGACAACCUCCGGAAGGAGGUGGAGGGGCUGCGGAGAGAGAGCUCGGCGGCCGGCAGGGAGGUGAACCUGGGACCAGACAAAAUGGUGGUUGACCUGACAGAUCCCAACCGACCACGCUUUACUCUACAGGAGCUGAGAGACGUGCUGCAGGAGCGCAACAAACUCAAGUCGCAGCUGCUGGUGGUGCAGGAAGAGCUGCAGUGCUAUAAGAGUGGCCUGAUCCCAGCAAGAGAAGGCCCAGGAGGAAGAAGAGAAAAAGAUGCUCUGGUUACCAGGGCCAGCAAUGCCAGCAGUAACAAAGAGGAGACAAUCAUAAGGAAGCUGUUCUCUUUCCGAUCAGGGAAGCAGACAUAGAUCUGGGACCAUGGCUCAGUUCUCAGAAGACGACUUCAAAAAUCAUCUCUCAGUGCCAGUGCGUACCCACUGCACUUGCUCCUUUGUUUCCCCUCAAAGCCGUCUGAGGAGGAACGGAUGAGGUUUUCUCCCCGGCUGCAGAAUUGAACACCCCCGAAGGCUGGGCCAGGGCGAGUGAAGCGGCACAAAGAAACCGAGAAAGCAGAAGGAAAGCGAAAUGGGGCCACCUGCAGCCCCACUUCAACCCCCCAAGAGGCCCCCAGCGUGCGGAUGUGCUUUCUGCUUCUCAGGGCUCACAAACGACCCAGGUCUUUACUGCGUAGCUGCAAAAUACACCAGCCCAAAUCGGGGGCGGGGGGGGGAGAAGAGGAUGCAGGACCAUCUGGUACGGACUUUGCAGUGAUGACUUCACUGAUAUUUGGUGACUAUUUGGUUUUGCUAAUGUGACUUUCUUUACAUGAUUUUUUAAUUAAAGUAAAAUGACUUUUACACUUUC